AUGUCCACUUCAACAUUAAACAUUUCUACAACACAACCACCAAACAGAUCAAUUGAAUCGGAUCUUCCAUUUGGUGCUAGGUAUCCCACAUUAACUCUAAUGAAUACGCGAAAUAUACCUCCCAAUCAUCCACCACCUCCUCCCCCAUAUAGUCAUGGUGUUUAUAACAUUAAUCCAUACGUCGAAGGUUACUCACAGCGACAAGUCAUGUUUAGAUCUUUACACGAAAGUCAUCCACCUUCGUCUUAUUCAUCUGGCACUGAAUCAAUUUCGCAACCACCAAUGCCAUCUCCAUCUGCCACAGUGACGAUGCCACCACAACCGAAGCAAAGUUCCCUGAGAUUUGGAUUUCCUGAUCAUCAAGAAUCGCGAGAUCGCGAGGUAGAUGUGGAAGAUGAAGAUGAUGGUUCGUCAACAAAUUCCUAUGACGCCACAUCAUCACGAAAGAGAGCUAGAUCAUUUUCAAAUGAGUGGGCGAUCCCGCCUCAACCACAAAUACAAUUCGGUUCUAUUGAUCCUGUCAGUCGAAGCAGACAGGUUACGAAUCAUAAUCAUAAUCAUAACUUAAGAACAUCUUCAUCUCCAUUGCCGGCUCCAAACCGUCCACCGAUAGAAACCAGAAUACCAAUUGAAUAUGCUCAGGAAAUAACGAACAUCCCUGCAACAUCAAUAUCACAACCUUCGAAUUUUUAUUAUUCAUCCAACGCGAGGGGUUAUGCAUAUCAACCGUCAUCUUCAACCACUGCAUCGCCCCCACCUAUACAAAUGCAUCAACAACCUCAUUUCUUCA